AUGCAAGGAUUCAUUGUUUAUGUUUUAAUUCUCUCUUUUAUUUCACCUUGUCUGUGUAUAAGGUUCCAUGUUGGAACCACAUAUGGUACUACUUAUAAUGUGAUGCAAUAUGGUGCAACUGGUGAUGGCAAAUCUGAUGAUACAAAAGCAUUUUCAAGUGCAUGGAGUAGUGCAUGUAAAGCAGAAGGAAUGUCAACAUUAGUUAUACCAUCUGAAAAAUCAUUCUUGGUGAAGAAAAUAGAUUUUAGCGGUCCCUGCAAUUCUGAAAUUCUCAUUAAGUUUGAAGGAAAAAUAGUUGCACCUUCUAAAGAUGAGUGGGAAGCUGGACCAUAUUGGAUUGUCGUUGAAAAUUUAAAUGGACUCACAGUUGAAGGCAAUAGUCAAGGAGUAAUCGAUGGAAGUGGUUCUACUUGGUGGGGUUGUUCAGAUUGUGAUCGACCAGGGGUGUUCCAUUUUCAUCAAUGCGAAAAUCUUACUGUUAGUGAUUUGAGCAUCAGUAAUAGUCCACGAUCUCAUGUAUCUAUUAAUGCGUGCAAGGGCACAACAUUCUCUAAUAUAGCAAUUAAUGCACCUGCUUCAAGUCCUAACACUGAUGGAUUUGACAUUUCUGAUUCCACUAAUGUUUUGAUACAAGAUUCCCACAUAAAAUCCGGUGAUGAUUGUAUUGCUAUCAAUGGUGGCUCCUCUUUCAUCAAUGUUACAAGGCUUAUUUGUGGACCCGGUCAUGGAAUAAGUGUUGGUAGCCUUGGUAAAAAUGGAGCUAAUGAUAAAGUUUCUAAUGUUUAUGUACAAAAUUGCACCUUUAGAGAAACUAGCAAUGGAGCAAGAAUCAAGACAUUUUCAGGUGGAUCAGGUUAUGCAAAAUAUAUUACGUAUGAACAAAUCACCCUUCAAAAUGUUAAGAACCCAAUAAUCAUAAAUCAGGCAUAUCAUGAUUAUCUGGAGGAAACAUCAUCUGUGUUGGUGAGUUCUGUGACAUUUCGAGGAUUUAAGGGGACUUAUGUUGGUAAAGUGGCUAUUAGUUUGGAUUGUUCUUCAUCCGGUUGUUUUGAUAUUCUUUUGGAUCAAAACAGCAUUGUACCUGCUGAGAAUGAAAAAAGUGAUUCUGUUAGUUGUAGAAAUGCUCAUGGAACUGUUAGAGAUACUAUUCCAAAUGUCCCUUGUCUUUCUUGA